AUGACAGUUGUAAAUCCUGAGUUGGGAGAGGACGAAAUCCUCCUGGACAGUGAUGUAGAAGAACAAAAUCAGGAAAGUGAAAUGGAGUCAGAAGUCGAACUUGAAAUUGAGGAUGAAGAUGUUAGAGUUGGAGAUGAUCUAUAUCAGCUGACCAAAGAAGAGGGUAAAGUGAUUACAGCUGCGGAAUGGAAGAAAUUUUUCCUGAAAUCUGAAUACUCUGAGGAUAUAAUGGAAAGAAUGGAUAAAAUGAAACCUUAUGAACAAGAAGAAAGUACUGGCAAAACUAUUUGUACCAAAUCUAUGAAUCAGUUCGUUCUGGGUGUUUGCAUGUACAUCAACAAAGGUGGCAAAAUCAAGAGUCAAGUGAUGAAAUCACUUUGCAAAGCUAUUUUCUCUUCCUGUGAUCUGCUGUAUUUGAUAACUAUUCAGCUCAACAAAAUGAUCUCAAAUGGUGAGAUGACGGGAAAGUUCGUUUGGUUUAAUGUGUUCAACUUCCUCAGAUUCACUCCAAAUCCUCACGAAGAAGUUAAAUCCUUGUAUUUCAACCAAAAAUUCCACAUCCUUCGUAGUCGUAAGAAAGGGAAGUUGGUUAGCGCAUGGCAGAACACUUGGAUUUCAAUCAUGAGAUGUGAUGUGCCGAGAGCUGUAUUAGUGAACAUGAUCCCAUAUAUAACCGAUAAGGUUCUCAACUCUCUGAAAGAGCCUCAUAAGACCUCGGAUUUCUUUUUUAGAAUUUUCGAAAAAGGUGACGUAUUAUCUAUCUUAUCUCUGGGUGCCAUUUUCAGGCUCAUGACGAAACACAAUUUUGAUUAUCCUAAUUUUUACGAUCAAGUGUACUCUCUAACCAAGCCCUUCGUUCUUUACAUGAAACAGAAGUUCAAGUUCAUUGAAUUGUUGAACAUUUUCCUUUCAUCCACACAUUUGCCUACAUACGUUGUUGCUGGGUUCGCAAAAAGGUUAUCACGAUGUCUCCUGUAUGCUCCCUUAGAUGCACAAGAACCCAUUCUAGGAUUGAUCAAAAAUCUUAUCAUUAGACAUAUCUCAAUUCUACCUCUCAUGCAUAGAGAAGUCCCUAGCACCUUGGACAAUGAUCCUUAUGAUAUGGAUGAGCCAAAAUUGUGCUCAUGUAAGGCCACUGAAAGUUCUUUUUGGGAGAUCAAGACUUUAAUAGAACAUUGGAGCAAGAAUGUUGGAAGAAGAGCAACUUUCGUCGAGAAGUCACUCCCUAAUAUCGAAUCAAUCGUACGCAAUCGUACUGUAGAUGAAUACUUUAGUAAAAUGAUGCUUGUCAAAUACGGAGAAGCUGCCGAUGAAGAAAAUGACGAAGAAAACGCGAAUGGAUAUUCCGGAGGGAACGAUCGAGAUUACCAAUAUCGCGGAAGACGCGGUUAUUCAAAUUAUGGUAGAGAACCGAAGGAACAUACGGAAAUUCCUACUAGCUUCAGCGUCCCUACUUCCGAUUUCUUCCCAACUCAUUCUGUUACUUACGAUUACGGGAAAUUCUGGAUAGUUUAA